AUACUUAUUGUACUUAGCAGAGCACACUAUAAUGCCGACAGUCUCUCAGCCUGCACUACAGAGACGGAGCGACUAAUGAGACGCAGAAGCGUGCAGUUUUUUGAUAAGCCAUAAAAAUGCUGCAAUGCUUUAGGUGCUUUGCGAAGCCUGGGGCUGACACUGGGGCACCGGAUACCCUUGUCGCUGCGCCGGGCCUUGCCCCCAAAAAUGACGCCACUCAAUCAAUUUGCCAGCAUCAGAGGCCGCUUGCCAAGCAUGUGGACACUAUCGCGACUGGCCGAGAGACGGGAUUGGCCUAUGGUCAGGUUACAGCGGAAGCACUGCGACGCGUGACGUACGCUUGCGUCAAGGCCGCGCAGCGACCGCCCGAGGCUCUUCCGCACGCACUUACCGCAGCGAUAACAGGCGGACUGGGACUAGUCCUAGCAAGGUUAUAUGUUAUUGACGAAGACACAACGAGCAGCAGGCUGGUUCUGCUGGCGUCAGCGCACGGGCACGGCCGCCGCGUCGUCGAAGUAUCUGCUGCGAUGCCGGGCGUGUCGAUGGGCGUCUCCACGGACAACGCGCCCAGGGCGGGACCCGCUCGCUCGCUCUUCACUCCCUCCUACACUACCCUUGUUCAGCAAGCCAUGCACGCACAGGCCGUCACCACCUUUGCAUUUCCUGUGGGGGAACCCGCUGUGCCUGCGGAUGCGCCACGCGACUGCGUCGCUGACAUGCUCGAGCACGGAUGCCACGCCUUCGCCGCUCUGCCGCUGAUGCUGCCAGAGGGCAUCGGCGGCGCGUGCCCCCCUGGCGGCACUGGUGAUGGCGGCGGCGGCGUCACCGAUUCUGCCGCUGAUGCCGGCAGCUUCGUCACCAGCGGCGGCGGCACCAGUGGCAGCUUUGGGCUAGGCUCCUGGCGUCAGCCGCUAGGGGUGUUGGUGAUCGCGUGCGGCCCGCCGCCGCCGCCGCCGUCAGCUGCCAGCCUGACAUCCUCCAGCGGUGGCGGUGGCGGCUACACCCAUGGCUUUGCAGGUGCUUAUGACUUGCUCCGUGACGUGGACACACUGCAGCAGGUGGCGGCGGCGGUGACGCUGACGCUGUCUGCCGCGAUGGUGACAAACGCGCGCAGCAGCGGCGGUGGCGGAUUUAGUGGUGGCGGUUUCCCCGCCGGCGGCGGCGGCGGCCUUGGCGGCGGCGGUUUCCUGGCGUGGCUGUCUGGCUGCCUGCGGCGCCUGGCCGAGGCUUCCUCGCUGCACGCGCUGGUGUGGGAGCUGGGCGAGGCGCUGGCGGCGCACGUGCGGCAGCGCUUCCUGCUGGACGUAGCAGUCACAGCCGCGCUGCUGCCGGACACAGCUGGCGGCGCAGCCGCCGCCACAAGUGCGCGCGGCGCUCGUAGUGCCUACCUGCUCACAGCGGAGAUGCCCGCGCCGGCGGCGGCGUCGGGGCCGGCGGUGGCGGCGGCGAGGCGUCAGCUGCAACCGCCAUCGCUGAUGCACUCGGGUGCCUACAACAGAGACCGCUCGGCUGGGGUUUGCGACCUGUCGGGUUAUCAUGGCGGCACGAUGGCGCUUGAAGGCAUGGCGGCGGGCAGCCGAGGCGGUGGUGUGCCCUCGGCCGGCGCCCCCCGGAUUGCUGCGCUGGGAACGCAACAGCUGCAGCAACAGCAGCAGCCGCACGCGCCGCCGGCGAUAGCGACGGUGACGGGCGGUGUGGCGGCGCCGGUGGCAGUGGCGGGGACCGGGCCGUUGCGAUGCGAGAGCCCCACGCUGCGUGCGGGCGGCGGCAGCAGCCCGGACAAGUAUGCCUCUGCAGUUGCUGCUGGGCCGAGGAGCUCGGGCUUUCCACGUUCCCUUCACCCCAAGAUGCCACCGCGCUCGUCCUCGCUGCUCGCGCUGGACCAUUAUCACAACCAGCACCUGCAGCAACGCGGCUCUGCGCUUAGCCUCAUGCCAGGCGCCGGCGGGGCUGACGCCGGCAGUGCCACAGCUGUGUCUCCCGCGGCCGUGCCUGCUCUCACCGCCUUGACAGCCUCUAACAGCACGGCUGUUAUCCCCGGCGGCACCGGAGGCAGCCACGGCCGCAACGGCAUUGUGCGGGCGCUCGUUGCCGCCGCAGGCGGCGCCAGCGUCACCGCUAGCAGCAGUGCUCCUGUGCCGCCUCAGCAGCCGCAGCAGCAGCCGCAGCCGCCGCAGCAGCAACUGCUGGUGGUGCAGCGGCACGGCAGCAGCCGCGUCAUUGCGCUCUCGCGCCCCACCACUGCUGACGGGAGCUCCUACCAGCAGGUCGCGCCGUCACCCGUGCGCCGCGCCGGCAGCAGCGCGCUCGCCGGCGGCGGCGGCAUGGCCGGCAGCAGCGCCGCCGCUGCCAUGGGCGCAUACCUGGCAGAGGGGCUGCUACUGCCGCCUGCGUCCGCCACGGCAUCGCCAUUCGACCUGGCACACACGCUCUUUGAGGCCAUGCUCGCGCCCAUGGCGGCCUCCGCCGCCAAUGCCGCCACCGCCACCAACGGCGGCGCCGGCGCUGGCAGGUCUACCUUCACGUCUGCGUCCGCCACAGCAGCCUUGGCGGCCCUGACAUCGCCGACGGCCUCAGCGGCCGCGCCCGCGGCGGCGGCGGCUGGGCCGGCCGCGGCGCAAGGCAGGGCCGGCCGCGGCGCGGGUGCCGGUACUUAUGGUGGUGGCGUGCUGCUGGGCGCGGCGGUGGCAGACUGUGCGCGGUGGAUGCAAGGUGCGGAGCGGCCAUCGCGGGAUCUUUACAUGCUCCUUUCAGCAGCGGCGGCGGCGACGGCGACCGGCGGCGGUGCUGCUGCUGGUGGUGGCGGCGGCAGUGGCAGCGUGGGCGAUGGGCUGGCAGCAGGCAUCCGCUCACUGGCGCUGCUGGGUAUUGUGCCCGGUGCUGGCGGCGGUGCUGCUGGCGGCGGCGGCAAUGGCGGUGGGGCUGGCGGCGGCAAUGUUGGCGGCGGCGGGCCUGUGCUGGGUCUGUACCUGGCGUUUGGCUCGCAGCUGCCGCCGCGGCUGUUGGAGGCGGUGCAGGCCAGCUGCGCCAGCCUUGUGAGAGAGGCAUUGUACGAAACGCUUUGUCGCAAGCUAGCUCCCGGCGGGCAGCUCGGCGAGGAGCUCGCCACAUUGCGCGCGGGCGUCCCCGGCGACUAUGGCGUGUGCAGCGUCGUGAUGCACACCACGUUGCCCGCCUCGGCUACAGCCUCCGGCGCUGUGGGCGCCGCCACGUUCUCGACUGCGGGCGCGCGGCCCUGCUCCUCAGCCUGCAACACCGCCGUCGACUUAAGCGUCUGCCUUGCGGGCGCGGCGGCGGGUGCAGCGGGCGGCGGCGGCGGCGUGCCGCUGCCGCCCAUGCUUUCAAUGCAGGCCCUGGCGGCGGCGGUGCCGGGCGGCGGCGGCCUGAGCAGCGGCCUGACGGCGGAGGGCCUGCCGCGAGCCCGACUGGGGCGCACGACUACGAACGCGUCGAGCUUGUGUCACUUGGACACGUACCCGGAUGUGGUGGGCGGCACCAGCACCAGUGGCUACUUCACUGAGGAGGUGGCGGCUGCGGGUACAGGCGGCGGCGGCGUCACGCAGACCUGCCCGGGCCUCACCUCACCCGGAACUCGGGAGAACCUGCGCGGCGCCGCCAGCGGCAGUGUGGGUCUCGGUGCCCACGGUCUCGCCCAAGGCCUCGCUGCCUCAUCACACCAGCUAAAGCCCGUGUCCGCGGCCGCUAUGGGCAACGGCAGCAAUGCCCUUAGGGCCACAAGUGGCAAGGCGGCGGCGGUGGCGGUCACGACGACGACGACCGGGACGUUUGAAGUGCGAGGGAUAAUGACCACCGCCGACAUGCCGGUUGAGGCAGGCCGCCUGCUGCAAGCAGACAGCGCUCCCUGCAACGCCUUCGUGCUGCCGCCGCCAACGCAUGCGGCGUUGUCCGCCCUGCACCUGCACCAACUGCCCGCAGCAGCUGCUGCGGGUGGCGGCUCAGCAGGCUCAGCAGGCGCAGCAGCAGCAGCAGCAGCAGGCAGCGCAGGCGCUCGGCCGCCCCGCGCCAAGAGCGGCAUGCACCAGCCCUUCAGCAUUUUCACAACCUCGCCGCGAAAGCAAGCGCAGCAACACCUGAAACAGCAGCAACAGCAGCAACAGCAACAACAGCAGCAGCUGCAGCUUUCGGCUCAGCGCAACCGCGGGCGUGCCUUGAGCCUGCUGUCCCCCUUCCCCGCCGCCCCCACGGCGGCUACAGCCGCUACUGCCGGCAGCGCUGCCACUACGCCCCGAACCACCGGCGGCGGCCUCUGCCGCGGCCUCACCUCGCCUCUAUCGCUGCCCCUGAGCCCGAUGGCUGGCGACGGCAGCGGCCGGCCGCUUUCUGACGAGCUGGGCGCAAUGGCGGUGGCUGUUGCAGCUGGCGGUGGCGGCGCCGGUGGCGGCGGCUGGGUCAGCAGCAGCGGCUACUGCCUGUCGCCGCGGCAUGCUACUGCCGCGGGCUAUGAGGCCACCGCCGCCACCACCACCAUUGAGACAGGCGCUAUGACUGCUGUGCUCUCCGUGUACCGGGCGAUUCCUGCCCAGGGCUCCAUGGCUCCCCACAUGGGGCUGCUGGUGGAGGCGUUGGUGUCCACCCUGCGGGACACCGCCACAGCCGCCGCCUCCGCCUCCGCAAACACCGCCGCCGCCAUCAACGCGGCCGCGCAGGGAACAGAGUGUGGAUCCGAUAGCGGCAGGGGUGACAUGACCGCCGCCGCCACCGCCAGCGCCAGCGCGGCUGCUGCUGCAUCGGCUGCUGCGGCGGCAGCAGGUACGGACGACCUUGAGGAUCUCCAGCUGUACGACAUCCUGGGGGAGGGCGCCGGCGGCGUGGUGCUGCAGGGGCUGCUUGGGGCCAACAUGGUGGCUGUCAAGCUUAUGGAGGUGCCAGGGGCGGAGGAAGACGCUGCGGCAACCGCUGCCAGCACAGCAGCUGGCAGUGGUGACGGCAACGGCGCCAGCCCUCAAACGGGCGGCGCAAGCCCAGCAGGCGCGGAUGCAGGCACAGGCGCCAAGCAGGAUGCAGGGGACGAGGUGGAGGCGGAGGAGGCGGCGGCGCGGCGGCAGCGGCUGCAGGCGCAGCGGCUGGCGGCGCAGCGCAACAUGCUGCGCAAUGCGAUGGAGCUGGCGGUGUUGCAGACGGUGUCGCAUGUCAAUAUUGUGCAGUGUCACGCCGUGUACAACAAUGUACGGCUCGCCCGCACCCCCGCCUAUGCCGGCAUCCCCGCCAGCUGCUACCUGCGGCGCAGCUAUGUUGGGGAUCCAACGAAGAGUCCUGACGGCGGCGGCGGCUCGCCCCUGUGUACGGCGGUGGUUACGGAGCUGUGCGACCGCGGCAGCCUCAUGGACGCACUGGCUGCCAGGAGCUUCCCACGCCUGCUGCGCCCGCCAGGUGGCGGCGGCGUCAGCGGAGCAGGAGAGCAGCAGCUCGGCAGCACGUCGGGCUGGCAGCAGCAGCAGCAGCAGCUGCAGCAGCCGCGGCUGUAUGACAUGCACGGCGUGUAUCUUACACUGUUGGAGAUCGCGCUGGCUCUGCGCCACCUGCACUCGCGCCGACUGGUGCACAGGGACGUGAAGCCCGCCAACAUCCUGCUCAAGUCCAGUCCCGGCGACCCACGCGGCUGGACCUGCAAGCUGGCGGACUUUGGAUUCGCGCUCGUGCUGGACCAGCAGACUAACCUCGACACAAUGGACGAGCUGUUGAGCUCCUGUCCCAAUGCAGCAGCAGCCUUUGCCAGCGAGCCCUCCUUGGCGGCGGUGGCAGCGCACCGCGGCAGCAGCGGCGGCAGAGUGGCAGAGGACGGAGUCAUGAACACUGGCGAGUGGAUGGCGGCGUGUGGAGCCACUGCCAGGCCGGCGGCGGGCGGCGCCGCCGCCAGCAGCGGCGGCGGCAUGGUUGGUGGUGGCGGCGGCGGCGGCGUGUGCUACUACACGGUGCAGGACCAGGCUUGCGGUACCGUGACCCACAUGGCACCGGAGGCCAUGCGAAAGAAUGCUCGCAUCGACGCCUCCGCGGACAUUUUCUCCUUUGGCAUUAUCAUGUGGGAGAUCGUGUGCGGCCGUGGCAGCCGGCCCUACCCCAGGCUGCAACCCGACGCCAUCCCAAGGGCCGUGAUGGGCGGGAUGCGCCCCGCCUUCACUGAUGAUGUGCCAACAGCUUACAGGUGUGUGUGUGUGUGUGUGUGUGUGUAACAACGGUUUACAGUUGUUUAUCAGAUCACGUGAUCGUGAAUCCGGACAACCCGUAGUUGCUAGUGCCAGGGGCGCAUUAGCACCUUGUUUGUCGCGCAUUAGCCUGGCAGUACAUGUCUCCCAAGCCUACGCGUAGCGUUAGACGUCAGUUUGGC